GGUAACAGACGACUUUAGGAAUGUACUGGAGUGAUUUGGCCUUGGUAUAUGUAUCUAUAUGUAAUUCACAGCGACAGAAAGAGAGAGGAGGGCGUGUGGGCACACACACGUGGCAAGGGGUAGACCAAUGGGGGUGGGUCGGAUUUUGUUACAAUUUAUGCAUCAGAGUUUGUACUGCAUGAAGCCAUUGUUCAGGACACUUGGAUCAGUGGGUGCAGAAACAUUGUCCAUACUAAUAAGGUCUGCAGAUGGAUUGGAAGAAAGGGACGUUCCAGUGGGAUCUGGGAAUGGAAGAGAGAGACAGCUCUUCAGUUGUUCUCCCCAGGAAUUGGCUGGAUUUGGAGCCAGAGCUCAGACGAGAAAGGGAACUAUAUGCUGAGCUGGAAUUUAAGACCCUGGCAUCACUGGUACAGAAAGAUCAAGAGUCAUCCAAACAAGGGGCCAAGUGGACCUGUCUGAAGAAGAAGCAUGCAGAGAUUUCCUGUCGUUGUUGUCUGAAUAUGGGAAAUGUUGUACUGAUCAUUGUCCUACUGACAGCCAUCGUCUUACUUCUUUUACUGUACGUUAAGGUAACUAACCAGCAGCGUGAUAUAAAACAGAAAGCAAUGGAGCUCCGCACAAACCAGAGCCGAUGCCGGGAAGAGUUGGCAGACCAGCAGAAGAUGAAUAUGAACCUGCAGAGUAACAUCACUUUCCUUAUCCAGGACAAUAAGUCCAGACAGGAGUUGAUGAUGUCCCAGUUCCAGCAAACACAGGAACACUAUGUUCAGAAUACACAGAGGAUGAAACAGAGCUGCCAGCAACUUUACAAGAAUUACAGCAAGCUGCAAGAGACGUACGACUAUUUGUGGAGCUCUUAUGUGUUUCUUCAUCAGGAGAGUGCCAUACUGCACAACUGCCACCAGAAAAACCCCAGUGAUGAAGGUGUAGUCUGUCCCUUUUGUCACUCCGAUUGGCAGUUCUUUGGUGUAUCAUGUUAUUUGCUGUCUCCCAGUGCAACUACCUGGCAGGAGAGCGUACACUGGUGUAGGAUACAGGGAGGCCACCUGGCUGUUGUCCGUAAUUUGAAAGAACAGUAUUUCCUUCAAGAUUUGGUGAAAGAGACAUCCUGGAUUGGAUUGUCAGAUCGUGACCUGGAAGGGGAGUGGCGCUGGGUGGACGAAACCCCGUAUGAUAAAUCUGCCAAAAUCAGCAAUUUGUGGAUGCUGAAUCAGCCGGAUAACUUGGGUAAUGAGGACUGUGUGACUCUAUCUCCAGGCACCGGAUGGAGCGAUGAGAUGUGUGUAAAAUCUUUUCACAGCAUCUGUGAACAUCAAGCCUUCCAGCUGGUUGUGCACAGGAACAUGGUCAGUAACUAACCUGCUGGGCCAGCAGAGUGAGGAAGGUCUGGGGUUUCCUAUGAAGAGACAGAUCCAAAGGGGUCAACUGCAAACAUUCAACACCCUUCAAAAUGUGGAAUUUGCAAAGUUGAUAAGAUUGUUUGAAAUUUCAGUUCAGUACACCAAAAGUUACAAGAAUGUUGAAUUUCAAAGGGUAAUUUUUUGUUCUUCACUUUGAAAAAUAAGGCUAGUGCAGCCACAAGCUACCACAUAUUGCAUUUUGUUCUUGGGUUUAGAUAUACAGUACUUUAACCACUUGCCUACUGGGAACUUUUACCCCCUUC